AUCAAAGGACGCAAGAGUGAUUGCCGUGAUCGGUCUGAUGAGCUGUCAUGUCAAUCGAAUUUGCUAUGUCUCGUUGACUUGGCGUCGAAACCCGUUUGACCUUCUCCGCCUCUCCCCUUGUCUUUUUUACUUUUUUGCUGAUCCUUCAGGACUCCUUCGGCCUUCCCUUCCAGCCCGGCUCAUGGACAAGGAUUGAGAGGAGAUCCCCCAUUUAUGCAUGGCCGCCCUCUACCUUCACAACUCGAUCUGGAUUCCUGAGACUCCCGAUUCGGUGACGCCUACCCAUGCGCCUCACACGAGAACCAUUUCUGCCGCCACCAUUCAGAGUCUGCAAAGCUCCGACCAGACUCACCGACCUCUCCUGACCCAUUCGGCUUCCUUCGACUCCGAAGCGUCUGUCGCGUACCUCGACCUCUUGUCGCGCCAGCCAAGUCAUCCCAACGAGCCUCCGAGCACGCCUUUCUCAUUGCACUUUGAUGGAGACCCGACAAAUGCGCGUAGCGAAAAGGAACGUAUGGAUAGGCUGGUGCGGAAGCGAUUGAGGGGACUCAAACGGGCAAUGGCAGUGAUGGAAAUUAUCAUGGUCUGCUGGUCGGUAUACACGACCGUGCGGUACUUCCUCGCUUACACCACAACGGGCAAAGCUGAGGCACUGGCUCUUGGGACGUGCAGUAUCGCCGCUUUCGCCGUGAUCGUUAUCUCUUCUUCGAUUCCUCUCAUUCAAGACUAUGCUCUACGGUAUAAAGGUUCCGUCGGUCUUCUUCCGACCCUGCGUCACUUCCUCCGUUUCUUUGCAUCGUUCCUUCUCGUGUCACCCGCUAUCGUCAACUUGGCACUGGUCGUUGUGUGGAAGGAUAACACACUCCGACGAUGUAAGCUGGACAUCGAUGUGGUCUGGCAUGAUGGCUGUUCUUUCCAGGGGGCCUGGUUCACAUUGGUUGUAGUGCGGAUGAUUGUCACACUGCUGUUUCUGAUUGUCUAUCACGUCUGCGUUCGAGCAUAUCAUCACACGCGACGGCCCUCCCGAAGGAAACCCUCGGUUGCUGGAUCUACAACCGUCGGCUCCCCGCCAAUGUCAGCAGAUCCAUUGCUGCCGCCUUCCCACAGUCAUCAACCCUCCACGUCCACCAUAACGCAUGCCAAUUCGCAGCGUCGCUCUCUACGCAGCUCUCGCACUCCGUCCGUGAGGACAACCCCGUCGCCCUCUUCGGAAGACGCGCGUUUGCCGCAAGAAGAUGACUUCGAUCCCUAUGCCGAGCAGCCAGACUCUGCAGACGAAGGGCUGCAUACAUUCGUCGAGCGACUCCGCUCACUGGUCGCGCAGGCACGAGAAGACGAGCAAGAACCCAGAUUGUCGGCGCAAUUGGCGGAGCCUGCGUAUCGAGCCAGCAUCGGUUACGACGAAUUUGGCCGCCCGUAUCCCCCAGAGGAGCACAUCCGGAUUCUCAACUCGUACAUCCGACGAAUGCCUACCAUCGAGAGCAUUGGCUCCAGAGAGAUGACCAUGACAGCAGGGACGAGCGUCGCCGCAUCUUCAUUGUAUCAGGAACGGAUCAGUAGUCUUCACACUGUUUCCCGCCCGCCGACGAGAGCGAUGACGGAUCGGGACACGCACAGCGAUGGGACCCCGAGCCGGGCGAACAGCCUGAGCUUCAGUAUUGCGGAACUCAGGGCGGCGACGAAUGCCGGACUGACGCAGGAAGGGCUUGCGCAGCUCGGCGAAGUCGUGGGGAGGGUGAAGCGGUCCGGGAGUGUCAGCACUGGUGUCAGCACGGGGACCGGUACUUUCUUCAGCUCUUCGUCUCCGCUCCAGACCCCCAUCGUGGAGGAGCCUUUCGAGGAGUUCCCAGGGCCUCUUGCAGCAACACCGUCCACUGUCCGUCCUCCCAGGCCGCUCCCACGACCUCCGAGUCUUCCUCGUGCGGAUUCAAUCUGACUUUCGUGGCAUAACUGUUUGUGAUAUCUGUGUAUACUCUUGCACGUACUUAUCUCUCAUUAUAUGUAUCAUUUGUACUGUCUCCCCAGCUCGAACUGGCCAUGUAGAAGCUCUCGCGCCAUCCAAUGACUAAUCGUCUGCACUUUCGGCCUUGCUGGAUUUGCUAGUAUCUAUCGCACCUCCAAUUGGGACCAUAGUAUCUUUUCGAGACGCCGGCC